AUGGAAACGAGGCCCAGCAACGGUCUUAGCAGCCGAAGGGAGUCGUGUGAAACUCACCCGCAGGGAUUACUGGUGUUCACUGGCUCUUCGGAUCGCGAUGCCAACUUGGCCAAGCAGUUCUGGAUCCGGGCGUCAAUGUAUCCCCCUAACGAAUCUCAGUUGGUGCUGUCCAGAGGUAGCAGUCAGCGUCUGCCGGUGGCGCGGCCCUCGAGAAGCAAUGCGCUUGAGAAAAGUUACUUCCAGCCUUUCUUCCUUGAGAAAAGCAAGAGAAGAGAUGUCACUGCUGAAACCCUAAAGAUUCAGGAAUCUGAGGAGAAAAAAAUGUAUCUCCAAAAGGCUAAAAAGAGAGAUGAGAUUAUCCAACUCUUAAGAAAACAAAGAGAAGAAAGGAUCUCGGUGUAG